CCCAAUAAUAAUUGAAGCUUAUCACGGCUAUGGGUCACGAAGAUAACAAUGAUAUUUGUGAUUUUAGAGUAGGUACAGGUCAGUCUUUGAGGAGAUUUGAAACCACACACACGUAAUGGAGCUAAAGUUUUUGUUUUUGGUCGGUUUAAUACCUUCAAUAUUGUGUCAAUGUUCAGUUGAAAAUGCUAAACCACAAUUUAGAAGGGCGAUCUUCGAUUUCUCCGUGGAUUUGAUGAAGAGAAUAGCCGAAGAGAAAGAAAGUCAUUUCAUUGCUUCAACUCUUUCACCUUGGACGUUACUAUCAUGUAUAUCAUUGGGAGCAACAGACAAAACGUUAGCGGAGCUCAGAGACGUUCUCCAUCUGCAUAGUCAUUCUUGCUUUAACAACAAGUUCUUGGACAUUGUAAAUAUCAUCAACUCAAAUUCCUCUUCGGACGUCGUUGUUGAAAGAAGUUCCGUCAUAUUUACGGAUGAAAACUUGCCUAUUAAAACAUAUUUCAAAAAAACAAUCCUACGUAAAAAAGUAAGUGAUUUCCAAGUACUUUCUUUUGGCAAUCCUGAAAAUGCCGCGUCUGUUAUCAACAACUACGUAAGCGAAGCGACGCACGGUUCCAUAGAAGAAGUGGUCGCCCCAGGAGACUUGGAAGAGAUAGUAAUGCUUGCAAUUGAUGCAAUAUUCUUUAAAGGUGCAUGGAGUCUACCUUUUGAAAAAGAAGAUACAGAAGUGAGCGCAUUUUAUAACGAGAAAGGGGAUCAGACUGGAGAUGUAAACCUUAUGCUUGUUACUGGCAACUUUUACCAAAAAGAAGUAGAUGUCAUCGACGCUAUAGUCUUGGAACUACCUUACGGCAGUGAUGAAAGAUAUGCUGCAUUAUUCUUUCUCCCAUAUCCGAAUGUUUCACUAUUCAGUGUCAUAGAUAAAUUGAAAACAAUCACAUUGACCACUAUAUACAAACUGUUCGAAGCGGAAGGAAAGCAAGACGUGAUGGUACAGCUACCAAGAUUCAAGACAAGCACAAAUUUAAAUAAUCUAAAAGAGCUCCUGUCAGAUAUGGGGUUGAGAACUAUGUUUGACAGUUCUCAAGCGAGCUUCGCAAAGAUCUCUCCUUACGAAUUAUCAGUUUCAGAUUUCUUUCAAAAAGCUGACAUAGAGAUCAAUGAGGAAGGAACAACAGCGAGUGCCGUUAGUGGAGCAGGCUUCAUAUCAAGAAGUUUACCCGCAAAAUUCACAGCAAUUAGACCAUUCCUUUAUAUGAUAAUAGAUAAAGAGAUUGAAGUACCACUAUUCGCCGGUGCAUACUCAAAACCAAGUGUUUAUUAAUGCCAAAGAUUAUUUCAUUAAACGACUACUACUCUAUUUUAUUGUUUUGUAGAAAUAUUUUAAUUUUAUGUUCAAAAUAUGUAACAUAUAAAAUCAAAAAGGUAAAAUAUACAUAGAUACUUUUAAUGAUAUUUCUUAAAAGUAAUUUAUAAUAUACGAAUAAUUUUUUACAAAUUAUUCGUAUAUUACGUACGACUCCGACAUGACAGCUGAUAUUUUGUAAUAUUAUAUGGCCCUUUUAAAUUUGCUAACGCAGUGUAUCGAAAUACAUCCAAAUAGAAUUGAGCAUCAAGAAAUUUAUUUUUUAAUAAAGUUACUCAAAAAGUGGCGUAUUGCAGGGACGUAUAGCGUUCGAGGGAGCGAGCGUUAAGGGCACAUAUAACACACUCGUGUAAUAUUUGGUAAUAUGCCCUAAGAAAUAGCUACGUUUCUUGGUCUACCGGAUGCUGAGUAUUAUACUGGGCACAGCUUCAGGAGGACCUCUCCUAGAUUAUUGGCAGAUUCAGGAGCCAAUUUGACGUAUUUAAAGUGACAAGGAGGUUGGAAGUCGGACAAAGUGGCAGAUGACUAUAUUGCUGAUCCAUUAAACAACAAACUAGAAACUGGGAAAAAUAAUCACACAAUCCAUUAAUUUAAAGUCCAGUUCUUCUCCUUUACAUGACAAUACUGAAGAGAACGUUCGUCCAUGUACCUUCGUUGAUAAUUAUAAUUCAUCAGAUCCAAUUCCAUCAACCUGUAAACGCCAUUGUUGUUCAAUCAUACGAAAUUAGAGAACCUUAAAUAUGCAAAAUGAAACUUCCCCAGUUAGUAUAAAAACUGUACCAAUUUCAAUGUAUAUGUGAAUUAUAACUUUUUUAAGAAAUAAAUGAUUAGUUACUUUA